AUGGCCGCUGAUGCCUCUAAUGCCAACGAAGUGGUCAACUCUCAGAUUGCAGCAACCUGCAGGGUAGUACUCCGAAGCCUGCAGGGUGAGACAAGAGAGCUCACGGGUGUCCCUCUCCGGGAGACUUUCUCGGCCUUUUGCCGGCGUGUGCGGGAGGCGACAGGUGCGAUUCGUCAAGGGCAUGCCGUUCAGCUGAUGCAUGGAGCUCGUGUUCUCAGGGAGCGGGGCUCUACACCACUGAUUUCUGUGGAUGUGUUCAACGCCUUCGGCCCGGACAUCGAGCUGACGUAUUUGGUGCAGGAAGUUCUCAUGGACAUGGAGCAGCUGAUCAUGGCAGGUAUGACAGGGUUAGAACGCAGGCCACCGCCAAGGUUUGAUCAGGCCCUCUUUGACCGCCAGCGGCGCAGCGAGGAGUGGGCGAAGGAGGCACAGACAGCUCGUGAGAGGCGUUUGGAUCAGUUGGUGGUUGCCGUACCUGAAGAACUUUCUGAUGCCCAUCCGCUCUGCAUAGGCAGUCGCCCAAGGCUGGAGGGUGAGGUGGCCGAUGCUACCUGGGACCGCUACCAGGGACGCGUCUUUUGCGGGACUGAAGCACAAACACUCGGCAAUGUGUGA